CAUCGUUUGAUUUGCUCCGUUGUUUUCUAUUGCACUGUUGUUUUUGUGUCAACCAAUUUUGCCGAACCGAAAAUCAUCGUGUUUUUGACAUUUAUUUUCUUCGUAUUUUCAAAAAAAACCUUCAUUUUCUUAAAUCUAAAUCUUAAUUGAAGUCUGUGGAUAAUUCAAUAUUGAAAAAAAUGAAUACCCGUAAUAAAAAAGGACGUGGUGCAACCAAAAAACGUGCACAACGAGCAACAUCAAAUGUAUUUGCUAUGUUUGAUCAGGCACAAAUACAAGAAUUUAAAGAAGCAUUCAAUAUGAUUGAUCAAAAUCGUGAUGGUUUUAUUGAUAAAGAAGAUCUACAUGAUAUGUUAGCAUCAUUGGGUAAAAAUCCCGAUGAUCCAUAUCUAGAAGGAAUGAUGAAUGAAGCACCAGGACCAAUAAAUUUUACAAUGUUUUUAACAUUAUUUGGUGAACGUUUACAAGGAACCGAUCCAGAAGAUGUUAUUAAAAAUGCAUUUGCUUGUUUUGAUGAAGAUAAUACCGGUGUUAUUCAUGAGGAAAAAUUACGUGAAUUACUUACAACAAUGGGUGAUCGUUUUACUGAUGAAGAUGUUGAUGAUAUGUUUCGUGAAGCACCAAUCGAUAAAAAAGGACAAUUUGAUUAUGUUGAAUUUACACGUAUCGUUAAACAUGGUGCCAAAGAUAAAGAUGAUCAAUAAAAAUAGUAUUUCUUCAGUUUUAUUCAGGGAUCAAUAAUCCAAACAAAAUUUUUUCCCAAAACUGUGGAUCAUUCUCAAAACAAUCAAUAAUUCCAGUUUUCAAUAAUUUCUUGCUUCUCA